GGCAGCAGAAGAGGAAGGAAAUUCCGUUUUCUGUCGUCGUCGUCGCCGCCGCUUCUGAUACGGAGCACGGCUUUUAUCUGCGUCGCCGGGGACAUUUUUUCGUCGCCACAAUGGCGGGAGCUAAGGGCGGCUUGGUCUGAGGAGAGAACCCGAGAGGUUGCCGCUUUCUUUGCUACCAUCCGCGGUUGGCUAUUGAUUUAUUUUCCGAGGCAGCGUCCGUCUGUCCACCGGCGCCCAGGAAUGCCGUCUCAGUCUGUCUUUGGUUCUCUUUAGCGACGGUUCCUUCGUGAAAACCGACACUUUUGUCACCCAGAGAUGCCACAUUAGCUAGCUAACCGGAAAUCAGAAACUCCCCUCGCCUGUGAGCUCAGCCCGCGGUGGUCUCCGGCAGAGCCCGCAGCUUCCUCUUUCAUCCACGGAGCGUUUACCUGGCCGUCCUCACACCUGAACAUGACGCGGCUGGAAGUAAACCGUUGAUCAUCAGCAUUUUUCAACGAUCCGAAAUGAUACGGUAGCAUCUGGAGGAGGGUGGAAGGCUAAGGGCUUCGGGGUUUUGUUCCACGGAAGCCAGGUUGGAUCAAAAUGAGAUGCUCGUAGCGAACCGGGUUGUGUUUGGGUCACUUUUCUGAGCUGGGUCUUCGUGCUGUUCUGUUCUCACGGACCGGGACAAUGAGGAUUGGCAGAGGCGCGGAGCUGCGGCGCCCCUCUCACUGAGCCCGGGCGUGUCCGAGCUUCUGAUCGAUCGUGUUUUUUAUUCGGUUCCGAACAAACCCAUCAGCUGACUGCUGUUCAUCUGCCUGGACGGCGACGCGCACUCGGGGACAAACAUGUCUGUACGCACGCCACUGCCUGGGAACGAGCGGAAGCCGGACCAUCACGCCUCCCUGUCGGCCAGCCGCUCAGACAAAGGUACGGGCUGGUCGAGUCGCUCCAUCGGUGCCCGAUGUCGAAACUCCAUCGCCUUGUGUUCGGAUGAGCAGCCACACAUCGGGAACUACAGACUACUCAAAACCAUCGGCAAAGGGAAUUUUGCCAAAGUCAAGUUGGCGCGGCACAUCUUGACCGGCAGAGAGGUUGCAAUAAAGAUCAUCGAUAAAACACAACUUAACCCCACCAGCCUACAGAAGCUGUUUCGAGAGGUACGCAUCAUGAAAACACUUAACCAUCCCAACAUAGUCCAGCUGUUUGAGGUGAUUGAGACUGAGAAGACGCUCUACCUGGUAAUGGAGUACGCUAGUGGAGGGGAAGUGUUUGACUACCUCGUGGCUCACGGUAGGAUGAAAGAGAAAGAAGCCAGAGCCAAAUUCAGACAGAUCGUCUCGGCGGUGAAUUACUGCCAUCAGAAGAAUAUUGUUCACAGAGACUUGAAGGCGGAGAACCUGCUGCUAGACGCCGACUCAAACAUCAAAAUCGCUGACUUCGGCUUUAGUAACGAGUUCACCGAAGGAAGUAAGCUGGACACCUUCUGCGGCUCUCCUCCGUACGCUGCCCCGGAGCUCUUCCAGGGGAAGAAGUACGAUGGUCCAGAGGUGGAUAUCUGGAGCUUGGGAGUCAUCCUGUACACGCUGGUCAGCGGGUCGCUGCCGUUCGACGGACAGAACUUGAAGGAGCUGCGUGAGCGAGUCUUACGGGGGAAGUACCGCGUUCCCUUCUACAUGUCUACGGACUGUGAGGGAAUCCUGCGCCGCUUCCUGGUCCUGAACCCCGCUAAGCGCUGUUCGCUGGAGCAAAUAAUGAACGAUAAGUGGAUUAACGUCGGUUACGACGGCGACGAGCUGAGGCCCCACGCGGAGCCUCAGGAGGACUUCAGUGAUACCAGCCGCAUCGAUGUGAUGGUUGGGAUGGGAUUUGGCAGAGAAGAGAUCCGGGAUUCGCUGCUCAGUCACAAGUACAACGAGGUCACGGCCACUUACCUGCUGCUGGGACGCAAGAAUGAGACGGAGGUCUCGGAGUCUCGGUCGGGCAGCAGCCUGAGUCUAGCUCGAGUUCGCCAAAGCACCAUUUCUAAUGGAACAAGCAAGCACUCCACUUCCUCUUCCUCCUCUGGCCAUAAGCCCCAGCGCAGCGCCUCCACCUACCACCGCCAGAGACGUCACUCGGACUUCUGUGGUCCUGCUGCUCCAGGAUCAGCGCACCCCAAAAGGAGUCCCAGCGGUGUGGCAGAGGGAGCUGGCCUUAAAGAAGAGCGACUGUCGAUGCGCAAGCCAAGCACUAGCACCGUGGGCUCCCGCAGCAUCCCCACCCCCUCCAGUCCCAUGGUUAGCUCCGCCCACAACCCAAACAAAGCGGAGAUACCCGACCGGCGCAAGGAAGUGACCUCAGCGACGAAUAACAUCCCUGCCAGUGCCAUGACCCGACGCAACACGUAUGUGUGCACGGACCGAUCCAACACCGACGGACCCGCCCUGCUGCAAAACGGCAAAGAAAACCGUACCCUGUCCCACCGCCUGCCCCCUGCCUCCCCCUCUUCCCACAGCAUCGCUGCAGCAUCCGGUACCUCCUCCUCAUCGUCCACACCUUCAUCCCGUCUCUCCAGAGGAUCCACGGUGAGGAGCACUUUUCACGGAGGCCAGAUCAGAGACCGCCGCCCCCCCUCCCACACCCCCCAUGCAUCAUCCACACCGUCCCACGAUGCCAGCCCGCUGCCUCACGUCAGGACUCGGGCCACGACCAACCUGCUCAGCAAACUCACCUCUAAGCUGACGCGCAGGGUCACUCUUGACCCAUCUAAACGUCAGAGCUCAAACAAGUCCGUGUCGGGCUGCACGCUCCCGCAGGGAACAAAAGCAGUUAACGAACCUGAGAGAAUCAGCAGAUCUCCGGUCACAAGUCGCCAUCUACCUGGGCAUCAGAAAGCGGCCGAGCCCCGGACCCCCCGAUGCGGCUGGGAUGUGAGGGUACGCAGCCCUCGAGACCCGGCCGAGGUGGUGCUGGCGCUGCGCGAGGCGGCGCAGGGCUGCGGCUGCCAGGUCCACCAGGCUGGGCCUUUCCUCCUCUCCUGCACCCACGGAGCAGCCGGCGCCCGGGUGGCCUUCGAGGCCGAGGUCUGCCAGCUGCCCAGCUCGCUGGGCCAGAGCAGCGGUGUGAAGUUCAAACGCCUGUGGGGGGCGCCGCUAGCCUUCAGAGACAUCGCCACCAAAGUGUCCAAGGAGCUGGAGCUCUGAGAGCAACCGGAGGUGAGGCAGAUGGAUGACGGACAGAACCAGGUGGGGAAGGAGGAAGAGCAGAAGCUCCACCUGCCUUCCUCAUCUGAUGCGAUUAGUAAUGCCUCGCCUCCGCCUGAAGACCCUCCGCUUUCUGAUAGCACCGACCACAGCCGGACGAAUGGAUCCCUACAGGCUGCCAACAAUAGAGACGACCUUUGACCUACGAACCCUGCUUAGCACACGCUACUAGGUUAUGAAGCUGUGGAGUUUUAUUUGUUUCUGUGUUGAUCAGAUGAGUGGAGAGAGAUGAUUUAAUGUUAUUUUCUGUCGUUCCUUUUUGAAGAGCUGCUAUUUAAAUAUUUUUUUAUUAUUUUGUGAAACGAUUUAGUGCUUUUAAACCUCCGGCCUCUAGAGGGAGACAUGCAGAAAUGCAGACGCGUCACAAACAGAGCUUCUCACGAACACGCUGGGAUGAGCGGUUCAGACCCACUCCGACCAGAAUCCAGACUAAAAACUCGUAACCGGCUUUAACCCGCGGCGGUGACGUUUAAACUGGGUUCUGCUCCCUGGUUUCGGUUCAAAACAGAUGCAGUCGGCACUUGGUACGACCCCUAAACCCUGGUAACCUGGAGCUUUGCUAUCCAGCAUGUUUUGGUGCUUUUGCUGCUCCAACACACCUUAUUAAAUCAGCAGAAGAACCUGCUGGAGAACGGACCUCCAGAACCAGGUGUCUCUGGUUAAAGACGUUGUAGUGUACCUUCACCUGUAGUGGAAAUAAAAAGCUGAACAGGUCCAUGAAAGCGGACGGGCUCCUCGUCGGGUUUUGACUCUUUGGUUUUUCUUUCUGUUGAAGUUUUAUUCUGAAACUUAUUAUUAGCAUAAUAACGCAGAAGACCCUCGCCUGUCCGGUUUGGUUUUCUCUGAACCAAUCAGAGCAAAGAAAAAGUCUGCAGCUGCGCUUAAAUGAGGCAGAUGUUGGAGGUCUGACACCAACAGAACCGGGACAAAGCCGGCCGCCUGGGGGUGCUGUAACCAUGGUUACGGGUGCACUUUAAGGUUUUCUCACUGUUGACGUGUAAAAUCUUAACUUAUGGGCUGGUUGACCUGCAAUCCUGCAUGUCUCCUAGGAAAUGAUGUGUGGCACAAGAAUAAAGCCUUUCAACCUGG